AUGCGGAGUCCCUCCUCGUCUCGCACCCGCCGCCGCCUCUUCGCCUCGCUCACCCUCUUCGUGCCGAUUUUCCUCGUCCUCGCCACGUGUUCGCGCCUUUCCCUGCCACGUGUGCACUUCUCACUGCGCCUCGAAUGGCCCGACGGCCGCCCGUAUCAUAACGUCAGCAGCGGCCUCCCUGAGAGUGGCCAUGUGGCGGCGAGCGCGAGUCGUCGGCGGGACCUCGCGGAGAUUCCGUCCGCCGCGCCCCCACCGCUACUACCUCCUCCCGUGUGCGAGUGCCCCGCGUGCCCCGCCAGCGACAGUGGCCCUGGCGACAGUGGGCUGGGGGAAGAGGGUGCGAGAAGCGGUGGUGGAGCAGGGAGCAACGGAGCGGAGGGGGGAGGCGAGGCGGAGGCGACGUGGGGCGAGAACCACGCGUUCCGAGUGCACCCGACGAGCAUCAGCCUGUUUGCAGUUGUCAGCACUUACCGCACUGGCGAGGCCAGCUUCAUGGUGGUGGGCGAGUCGCUGCUGGGCGCACAGCUGCACUUUGCUGGCGCGCUUGUGGACGAGUGCGUGUGGCAGGGCGCGGGGGAGGGGGACGGGGAAGAUAAAGGACCUCCGAUCGUUGCGCCAGCAGAGACCUUGCAUCUGCGCCCCUCGGAGCACAUCUCCCUCCCCUGGGGCGCGCUGCUCAUCCGCUGCGCCUUCAACGCUUCAGUGGGCAGCAACAGCAGAGGCGGCGUGCUGUCAGUUCGCAAGCGCUCAGAGGAGCAGCGGCAGCGCCGCAGCAUCGCCCACGAGCACGCCCAUGCCGUGGGCUUCGACGUCCACGGCGCCUCCCCCCUCACCCUGCACACUGCGCCCAUGCCCGUCUUCCGGGAGAAGCCCGGGCUCACCGUGGAUAAUGAUACAGCAGCAGUGGUGGCGCCUUAUGAGGAGACAGGGGUGGUGACCGUAACGAGGAUGAAGGGUGGAAGGCACUUCGUGUCGUACUAUUCGCAUCAGAUUAUGAACCAGAACGACUGUCUGUAUCGCUCGAGAUUCCUCACCAAGUGGCUGCUCUACACGGACCUCGAUGAGUACAUCUUCACGCCACCACCCGCCACCUUCCUCUCGUGGCUUGACCACCUGCCGAGCAACGCGUCAUGGGCCAGUAUGGGAUCAUAUAUGCACAGCAUCAACACCUGCAGCCAGCCACACCACGGCAAUGCCACUAACGAGUCGCAGCUUUUAGUGGAGCAUCUGCCCUGGAGGGCUGAGAUGCCUAGCUGUUCUGACCGAGCGAAGGCGUUGGUGUGCCCGGGAGCGCAGGGGAGGCGGAAGCAAGUGGUGGAUCCGAGGAGGGUGAACAUGGUAUCAGUGCACCGCGUGGAGGAACCUUGGGAUGCGUAUGGAGUGGACUGGAAUGCCUCGUUUGCCGAGCCUUUGCCGAAGCUGAUGCAUUUCCAAGGGCUUCCUGUGAGGAAGCCUGUCAAUGUGCGAUGUAGGGAUGUGAAGGAGGGGCCUCUGAAGGAGGGAGAGGUGGUGGAAGAUGGGAAGGGAGUGGCGGGGAUGGCGGAGGAGGAGGAGCUGACGAUGGGGUCGGACGACGACGCCGACGCGGAGAGCCCCGAGGAGAUUCUCGCCAAGAUAGACGACCGCUCGCAGCGCGUCGCGCACUUCCUGUCCGACCCCUAUCCCUACCUGCAUUCGCCCUCUCACUCACUCGCCCCUCGUCCCACCGCGGCCCGUGCAUUCGCCCCUCUUGCUCCCUCCAUACGCCCUUCUGCUCCCUCCAUUCGCCCCUCACUCCCUGCAUCCCUCUCGCUCCCUCCAUUCGGCCCUCUCUCUCCCUCCAUUCGCCUCUCGCUCCCUCCAUUCACCCUCUCGCUCCCUCCGUUCACCCUCUCGCUCCCUCCGUUCACCCUCUCGCUCCCUCCAUUCACCCUCUCGUUCCCUCCAUUCACCCUCUCGCUCCCUCCAUUCACCCUCUCGCUCCCUCCGUUCACCCUCUCGCUCCCUCCGUUCACCCUCUCGCUCCCUCCAUUCACCCUCUCGCUCCCUCCAUUCACCCUCUCGCUCCAUCCGUUCACCCUCUCGCUCUCUCCAUUCACCCUCUCGCUCCCUCCAUUCACCCUCUCGCUCCAUCCAUUCACCCUCUCGCUCUCUCCAUUCACCCUCUCGCUCCCUCCAUUCACCCUCUCGCUCCAUCCAUUCACCCUCUUGCUCCCUCCAUUCACCCUCUCUCUCCCUCCAUUCACCCUCUCUCUUCCUCCAUCCGCCCCUCUCUCUCCCUCCAUACGGGAUGCCCCUGAUUUCUCCCACGCGUCACUGUGA